AUGGAUAGCCGUUUCUCUGAAACAACUACAGAUUUGUUGAUUAAUAUGUCAUGCCUUGAUCCUAGGAACUCGUUCUCUAGAUUUGAUGCACAGAAGUUAGUGCGUCUGGCUCAUUUUUAUGAGGAUGAUUUUUCUUGGAAUGAGCGUAUGUUGGUUGAACAAGAGCUUGAAACAUAUAUUGAUGACGUCAGAUCAGAUGAACGGUUUGAAGGCAUUUCAGAUUUGGGAGCUCUUGCAAAGAAAAUGAUUGAAACAAUGAAGAACCGUGUGUUUCCUUUGGUUUAUCGGAUGAUUGAGCUAGCCUUACUUCUUCCAGUUGCUACUGCAACCGUUGAAGAGAUUGGAGAUGAAUGGAUGAAUGAUAGUUUAGUAGUCUAUAUCAAGAAAGAUGUUUUUAAUACUGUCGACAUUGAGCUAAUUUUACAGCGUUUUCAGAACAUGGAGUCUCGAAGAAUGCAAUUGUCACGUAUUCGUUAG